AUGGGGGGGCCCCGCAGUCCGGAGGGGCCCUGUGCAGUUCGGGGGAGCGCUGCAAUUUCGGGGAUCCCGCUGCGAUUGGGGGGUCCCGGUGCGGUUCGGCGGGGCGCUGCAGUGAGCGGUGCCGGUGCGGGUCGGGGGGGCUCGGUGCGGGCCGGGGUCCCGGUGCGAUGGGCUUUGCACCGUGCGGUGGGGGGGGUCCCCGUGCCCUUCGGGGGGGCCCUGCGGGUUCGGGGUUCCCGCAGUGUCGGGGGGCCCGUGCGCCUGCACGGCGGCGGCUCCGCAGCGCGGGGGGGGCUGGGGGGGCCCCGCUGCACCGCGCCGGGCUCGGCGCUGCCGGCAGCGCGAGUGGCGUGUCCCCCCCGGCUCCCGGGCGGCGCGGGCACAGCCCCGGUGCCCCGGCCGGCGCUGACGGACACGCGCCUGUGCGAGCCCCCCCGGGCCACCAUGGACCCCCAGAGCGACACAGCGUGUCCGGCGGGGCCGGAGGGGCCGGAGGGGCCGGGGCCGGAGGCGGGGGUGGACGCGGGGCUGGCGGCGGCGCGGGAGCAGCAGCUGCAGCGGGAGCUGGUGGCCCUGAAGCAGCAGCAGCAGCUCCAGAAGCAGCUGCUCUUCGCCGAGUUCCAGAAGCAGCACGAGCACCUCACCCGCCAGCACCAGGUCCAGCUCCAGAAGCACCUCAAGCAGCAGCAGGAGGCUCUGGCCGCCCGCCGGCAGCAGGAGCUGGAGCAGCAGCGGCAGCGGGAGCGGCAGGAGCUGGAGCAGCAGCGCCUGGAGCAGCUCCAGAGCCUGCGCCCCAAGGACCGGGGCCGAGACAGCGCCAUCGCCAGCACGGAGGUGAAGCUGAAGCUCCAGGAAUUCCUGCUCAGCAAGACAAAGGAUCCAGGCCCCGGCCCCCCCAACCAUUCCCUCCCCCAGCACCCCAAAUGUUGGGCUCACCACACCUCGUUGGACCAGAGUUCCCCCCCCCAGACCGGCAGCCCGGGGACCCCCCCGUCCUACAAACUCCCCCUCCUCGGCACCUACGACGGCCGCGAUGAUUUCCCGCUGCGCAAAACCGCGUCGGAGCCCAACCUGAAGGUGCGGUCGCGGCUGAAGCAGAAGGUGGCGGAGCGGAGGAGCAGCCCCCUCCUGCGGCGCCGCGACGGCUCCGUGCUCAGCGCCUUCCGCAAGCGCCACGUCGAGAUCACCGUGUCGUCGGUUUGCAGCAGUGCCCCCGGGUCGGGGCCCAGCUCCCCCAACAGCUCCCACGGUGCCCACAACGGCCUGGCCGCCUCUGUCCCCAACAUCCACAGCGAGCUCCUGCCCCAGCCCCACGCCCUGGCCCUGGACGGGGCCCAGCUCAGCCUCUACACGUCCCCGUCGCUGCCCAACCUGUCCCUGGGGCUGCAGGCCACUGUGUCCCCCAAGCUGUCGCCACAGGCGGAGGGCGAGCGGCCGGGGGUGCCCCCGGGGGUGUCCCCGCUGCGUCCCGGGGCCGCCCUCACCGGGAAGUUCCUGAGCACGUCCUCGAUCCCGGGGUGCCUGCUGGGGGUGGCCCUGGACGGGGACGCCCCGGCCGGGCCCCCAUCGCUGCUGCAGCACGUGCUGCUGCUGGAGCAGGCACGCCAGCAGAGCACCCUCAUUGCUGUGCCCCUGCACGGGCAGUCCCCGCUGGUGACGGGGGAGCGCGGGGGGGGUCCCCGCGGCAGCAAAGCGCCGCGACACCGACCCCUGAGCCGGACCCAGUCCUCGCCGCUGCCCCAGAGCCCCCAGGCGCUGCCCCACGGGCCCCUCCAGCACCACUUCCUCGACAAGCAGCAGGUCCAGCUGGGCAAGUUGCUCCCCAAAGGGGGGGAGCUGGCACGGCAGCCCCCCACCCACCCCGAGGAGACGGAGGAGGAGCUGACGGAGCAGCAAUCGCCCCCCCCGGGUGAGAGAGGCCCCCCCGGACCCCCCCUCGGCCCCCCCCUCGCCCUCGUGUCCCCAGAGGCCGGGGACCCCCCGGAGCAGCCUCAGGACCCCGAGGGCUGCCAGGAGCCGGGUGACAGCGGGGACGAGGCCGAGGCCACCGGGGACCCCGACGUCACUGAGCUGGGGGUCACCUACAAGCAGCACGAGCACCCCUUGCCCCCCGCUGUCCCCCCGGCCGUGUCAUGUGUCCCCUCCCCCGUUUUUGGGGACCCAGCCGCCCUGCGCUGCCGCAGCGAUGACUCGGAAGGGGCGCCGCUGCAGCUCUUCCCCGCGCCCCCCCUGGGGGUCCUGGCUCUGCCCCACCCCGCCCUGGCCCGCACACAAUCGUCCCCGGCCAGCGUCAAACCCCCCCAGCCCGAGGGGCCCCCCAAGCACCUCUUCACCACAGGCGUGGUGUACGACACGUUCAUGCUGAAGCACCAGUGCACCUGUGGGAACACCACCAUCCACCCCGAGCACGCCGGCCGCAUCCAGAGCAUCUGGUCCCGGCUGCAGGAGACGGGGCUGCUGGGCAAGUGCGAGCGCAUCCGGGGCAGGAAGGCGACGCUGGAGGAGAUCCAGAGCGUGCACUCGGAGCACCACGCGCUGCUCUACGGCACCAGCCCCCUGAACCGCCAGAAACUGGACAGCAAAAAGCUGCUGGGUCCCAUCACUCCGAAGACGUACGCGGUGCUGCCGUGCGGGGGCAUCGGGGUGGACAGUGACACGGUGUGGAACGAGCUGCACUCGUCCAGCGCCGUGCGCACGGCCGUGGGCUGCCUGCUCGAGCUGGCCUUCAAGGUGGCCGCGGGGGAGGUCAAGAAUGGCUUCGCCGUCAUUCGCCCCCCAGGCCACCACGCCGAGGAGUCCACGGCCAUGGGCUUCUGCUUCUUCAACUCGGUGGCCAUCUCGGCCAAGCUGCUGCAGCAGCGGCUCAGCGUGGGCAGGAUCCUCAUCGUGGACUGGGACAUCCACCACGGGAACGGGACCCAGCAGGCGUUUUACAGCGACCCCCACGUGCUCUACAUCUCCCUGCACCGCUACGACGACGGAAACUUCUUCCCAGGCAGCGGCGCCCCCGAGGAGGUGGGCAGCGGGCUGGGCGUGGGCUACAACAUCAACAUCGCCUGGACCGGCGGCGUGGACCCCCCGAUCGGGGACGUGGAGUACCUGACGGCCUUCAGGACCGUGGUGAUGCCCAUCGCCAACGAGUUCUCCCCGGACCUGGUCCUGGUCUCUGCCGGCUUCGAUGCCGUCGAGGGCCACCUGUCCCCGCUCGGUGGCUACUCCGUCACCGCCAAGUGUUUCGGGCACCUGACGAAGCAGCUGAUGAUGCUGGCCGGGGGCCGGGUGGUGCUGGCGCUGGAGGGGGGACACGACCUGACGGCCAUCUGUGACGCCUCCGAGGCCUGUGUCACCGCCCUGCUCGGCCUCGAGCUGGAGCCCCUGGACCCGGCCCUGCUGCAGCAGAAGCCCAACGUGAAUGCGGUGGCCACGCUGGAGAAAGUCAUCGAGAUCCAGAGCCGGCACUGGGGCUCCGUGCGCCGCUUCGCCGCCGCCGUGGGCCGGUCCCUGCUGGAGGCGCAGCGCGGGGACACCGAGGAGGCCGAGACGGUGACAGCGAUGGCCCUGCUGUCCGUGGGGGCCGAGCAGGGAGGGACGGACACACAGCCCAGGCCAGCGGAGGAGCCGAUGGAGGCCGAGCCCACGCUCUGACUCGUCGGGAAAACCAAGGAACACCCGGAAGAGACGAAAAACACGUACAAAAAAAAAAAAAAAAGG